CGGGCCGAGCCGAGCCGAGCCGAGCCGGCAGCGAGGGGCGAGCUGGGCCGCGGCCCGGGCCCUGCAGGAAAGCAAAAGUCAAGAAAUGUCUACCAAUUUAAAAUAUCUUUCCUUGGGCAUCCUGGUUUUUCAGACCACAAGUUUAGUUUUGACCAUGCGUUACUCUCGGACAUUGAAAGAAGAAGGACCUCGUUACUUAUCCUCCACCGCAGUAGUUAUUGCUGAACUUCUGAAGAUUUUGACCUGUGUUUUAUUGGUCUACAAAGACAGUAAGUGCAAUUUACGGACUCUGAACAGAGUGCUGCAUGAUGAAAUCCUCAACAAGCCCAUGGAAACUCUCAAACUUGCUAUUCCAUCAGGAAUUUACACUCUUCAGAAUAACUUGCUGUAUGUAGCAUUGUCAAACCUAGAUGCAGCCACAUAUCAGGUUACAUAUCAACUUAAAAUUCUUACCACAGCAUUGUUUUCUGUGUCCAUGUUAAACAAGAAACUGGGUGUAUACCAAUGGCUUUCAUUAGUAAUCUUGAUGACAGGAGUGGCAUUUGUGCAGUGGCCUUCAGACUCUCAAGCAACAGCUGCUAAGGAACAUUCAGCAGGAUCUCAGUUUGUAGGCCUGAUGGCAGUUCUUAUAGCAUGCUUUUCUAGUGGAUUUGCUGGGGUUUAUUUUGAGAAAAUUUUAAAGGAAACUAAACAGUCUGUGUGGAUCAGAAACAUUCAGCUUGGAUUUUUUGGUAGCAUAUUUGGACUGAUGGGUGUAUAUAUUUAUGAUGGAGAACAGCUGUCAAAGAAUGGAUUUUUUCAAGGAUAUAAUAAACUCACUUGGAUAGUUGUCAUUCUGCAGGCACUUGGAGGCCUUGUGAUUGCUGCUGUUAUAAAAUAUGCAGACAACAUUUUAAAGGGAUUUGCAACAUCUCUCUCUAUUAUACUGUCAACACUGAUUUCAUAUUUCUGGCUGCAAGAUUUUGUCCCUACGAGCGUCUUUUUCUUUGGAGCCGUUCUUGUAAUAGCAGCUACAUUCCUAUAUGGUUAUGAUCCAAAGCCUGCAGGAAAUCCCAUUAAGGCAUAGCAGACU